GGAAGAGAAAGCCCUUCAACAGGAACUGCUGGGAGCGGGAGUCGCUGCGGGGCCAUGCUGCGGGGCUGCUGGCUGCUGCCCGGGGCCUCCCUGGCUCUGGGUGCGGGGCUGGGAGCAGCGCUCACCACCCUCUGGCAGCGCCGUGAGGGCGAUGCAGAGGAGGUGGCGGGGCUGCUGGGCCGCGUGCCCGUGCUGCCCGCGGUGCAGGCAGCAGCAGCAGGCCCACCGGCGGUCACCGGGUCCGGCAGGGUCGAGCUGACCAAGUACGGCCUGCCUGGGUUGGCGCAGCUGCGGAGCCGCGAGUCCUACGUGCUGUGCUACGACCCGCGGAGCCGCAGCGCGCUCUGGGUGAUUGAGCAGCUCAACCGGGAGACGCUCAGCGGAGCCUCCGACCGCGCUGCCUGUGACUUCCAGGAGGACGACUCGGUGCACGAGUACCACCGCGCCACCAACGCCGACUACCGCGGCAGCGGCUUCGACCGCGGUCACCUGGCGGCCGCCGCCAACCACAAGUGGAGCCAGAAGGCCAUGCGGGACACCUUCUACCUCAGCAACGUUGCCCCCCAGGUUCCUCAUUUAAACCAAAAUGCCUGGAAUAACCUUGAGAAGUACAGCAGGAGCUUGGCAAGAAACAACAAGAAUGUCUAUGUCUGCACAGGACCUCUUUACCUGCCCAGGAUGGAGGCCGACGGGAAGAUGUACGUCAAGUACCAGGUGAUUGGGAAGAACAACGUGGCCGUCCCCACCCAUUUCUUCAAGGUGCUCAUCCUGGAAAAGGAGAGUGGGGAGAUUGAGCUGCGCUCCUACGUGAUGCCCAACAGCCCCGUGGACGAGAACAUCCCACUUGAACGGUUCCUGGUUCCCAUCGAGAGCAUUGAGCGAGCCUCGGGGCUCCUCUUCGUCCCCAACAUCUUGAAGAGAACAAGUAACUUGAAAGCCAUCACAGCUGGAAACAAGCGUUGAACCCUGACUAAGGAAAUCCAGGUAUCCUCUGGAAGGGACUGACAGCAGUAGUUCACAAUACUUCCUUGAGCAAUUUUAAAUGCAGGGACUAAGAAUCAAAGCAGUGCUUCCUUCAGCCCUUUCCCAUUUCAUGUAACAGUGAAACACAUGCAAAGCAUGUCUCAGGGGCAGGUUGCAUGGAAGGUUCCUGGGCAGUUCCUGGGCACUUGACAAGUAGUAGUUCUCUCGGAUUUGCCCCUAAACUGCAGUACCUGUGCGUACUCCUGUAACUCCUUUUGUGUGUGGCUCUUAAAACACAAAGGGAAAUUACUUAAUUUCUGUAUAGAGCAGGGAAGGACAGGAGCAAGACGGGUACAGGGAGAGGUCCUUGCCUUUCUAUGUCCAAAGGGCUGUGUAAUUGUUUUCUUUCGGAAGUUGGUUUUAGCAGUAAAGCUUUGAAAAUCCAAA